UCCGGUGCGAGAAGCGGCGCCAAACGCUCGCUACGAAGGCGGCAGAACUCGAUCGGAGGCGGGAAUCGCGCGAUUGCGGCAGCCGAUGCUGCGAGUUUAUAUCGACAAAGAGUUUGAUGAAAUCGAAGAUGUUUUUGUAUGUUGUGAGAGUGAUGAUGAAAAAUUUGCAGGUCGUGUUGAUUACGUACUGGUUGACGGUUGGGGUGGCUGUUGGGAGAGGCUACCAUCAUCGUGGAGAUGGCAGACACGUUCGAAACAUAGAUUCCAAUGGGAUAUCAGUUCUUGGAGGAGACUUUAAUCACGAUUUGGCGUUUCCUCGUUUCUCCGAGCCCAUUCCCAACGUCACAGUCACCGUCGGGAGAGAUGCUUUGUUGGCGUGCGUCGUGGAUAACCUUAGAGGGUUUAAGGUUGCAUGGGUUAGAGUAGAUACUCAAACAAUUCUUUCUAUACAUCACAACGUUAUCACACAGAACCCUCGCAUAUCUCUAUCGUACAACGACCACAAGUCAUGGUAUCUACAUAUCAAAAAUGUACAAGAAGUAGAUAGAGGAUGGUACAUGUGUCAAGUAAACACUGACCCGAUGAGGUCCAGACAAGGAUACCUUCAGGUAGUCGUUCCUCCAAGUAUAAUCGACAAAGAAACCAGUUCCGAUAUGGUUGUACUUGAAUCUACAAACGUCAGUUUAACAUGUAAGGCGACGGGAUAUCCUGAACCAUACGUCAUGUGGAGAAGAGAGGAUGGUGAAGACAUACGUUAUAAUGGAGAAAAUGUGAAUGUUGUUGAUGGAGAAAUAUUAUUCAUAACGAAGGUCAGCAGGCUCCACAUGGCAGUAUACCUCUGCAUAGCAUCAAAUGGUGUACCGCCAUCUAUCAGUAAAAGAGUUCAACUAAAAGUACAAUUUCCUCCAAUGCUAUCGAUUCCUAACCAAUUGGAGGGAGCUUAUGUCGGCCAGGAUGUGACCCUGGAAUGCCGGACGGAAGCUUUUCCAACUUCCAUCAAUUAUUGGACGACGGAAAGAGGAGACAUGAUUAUCUCAGGUAGUGAUAAAUACGAAGCAGUUUCGAUGGACAACGGCUACAAGAAGUACAUGAUGCUGAAGAUACGUCGUGUAACCAAGAUAGAUUUCGGAUCAUACAAAUGUGUAGCGAAAAAUUCGUUAGGAGAAACUGACGGAGUGAUCAAACUUGAAGAAAUUCCGGCUCCAACGACAGUGAAAACAACUACUCAUCUGGCUACUCCAGUCGCCAAAAAAGGCAACUCCAGGGGAUCUACGAAAGGCACGCUAAAUGACAACAGAGUAAAUUCGGUCGGGAAAGCCGAUGAUUCCAGUAUAGCAGAUUACGACUACGACAGUGAGUACACUCUGCCGUCGAAUGGCCCUCCGCCCAUCCAGGAGCCUCCGGGCGCCUUCAGUGGAGCGUCGAGAAACUUCAGCUCCGGCGGAGUCGUCGUUUUCUGCUUCUUCCUCUCGAUACUUUUCUUCUUUUUCGCCUCGGCGGCCGCGGCCUCGUCCGAUGAGGGCCCGAGGUGAUGCCCGAAAUGAAAUUAGGAAAGUAGUAGUCGAGGAAAGGAGUGCAGCGGAGGAUGACUGCGUUUCAAAAGUGUGCCAUGGCUCUACUCAAGUGGCAAAACAUAUCCAGAAUGAGACUGACUGAUCAAUAACUUCUAUUAAAAAAAUGGACCUGUACUGUAAAUAUUGUAAAAAGUGUAUUGUAAAAAUAAGCUAGUACAAAGUGUAUACAAAAAUAAAGAUGCUCUGCUAAAGUGUAUUAUAGAGACUGCCGUUUCAUUACGAGAUAGUGCUUCAGUUUGAAUAGAGGAGGACGUUUUAAAUUAAAUAAUAUAAUAUUUGUAAUUAAACCCUUAUUUUCAACAGGGAGGAGUAAACUCAAAAGACUCAAUUCGGUUCAGAGGUGAUUCACCAUCCCCUACGUACGUUUCUGUAUCUCCAGACGUCUUCAGUGGGGCUACAUGAACAACUCUACAUGAAGAGGUGUUCAUGUAGCCCCACUGAAGAUGUCUGGAGAGACAGAAACGUACGUACGGGAUUGAAACUUAAUUGAAACCUAGGCUCUAUUUAAUUUUUCAUUUAGUCAUAUUUUGAAUAAAAGGAAUCAACUUUCGUUGGAAUUUUUACUAGAUGAAUAGACGAAAUGUGAUUGCAUAUUUUUUUAUUUAAAGAAGACAAAGUCGCAUCCACCCGAAGGUUGUUAGGGACAUUUCUGUAACAUUUGUAACAAUAUUAAAUCAAAAAUUGGUAAAAACUAAUUACAAUUUGUAUACAAUUAAACCUUUGGAGCAAUAAUUCGAUUCCACGCACUAACAUUUUAUUUUUAAAAUGAACUUUCAGAUCGCUAGCGACACUCCGAAUUAGCGUUACGCGCACUAGUAUUCUGCUUGUUCAUAUUUUCUUCUACGCCUAUGUGGGAUGGUAUCCACAGGAAGUGGAUUCUUCUGAAACUUUCUUGAGCUUCCAUUAGUUCGACCAUGAUCCUUUUCUCAAUGGGGUGUUUAUGGUAUAUAUUUUGCAUAGCUUUGACUAUGCUAAGAGAGUCGGAGAGGACUAGACAACAAGGAAGGUUUUUAAUAUUUACACGUUUGGUGGCUUCAAACAAACAAAAAACUCUGCAGUAUAGAUGCUGGAAUUUAAACAAAGAGGUUGGAGCAUAGCAAGGCGAUGGAAAAACCCAUCUAUAUUCUUUUGAAGUAGAAACUUGAAUCUUAAUGUUGACUUAAUUGAGAUGUGUCACUUUCCCAGUCCGAUGCCUCACUACCAAGGUGUUUAAAAAUGUUUUUCCUUAAGGACGUGAAUUUGCAUUUUAUAGAUCUUUCUUUUAAAUGAGGGUAAACUUCAGUAAGCAUAUCGGUCAUGGCUGGUAGGUCUGUGGUAUAUUCUUGAAUCGUGGCUAUAGGAUCUGUUGAUCCCGUGAUAUUCGUUAGGAGCAUGUUAAGUUGAUCAAAGUUUAGAGGGAAAGGUUGAGGGUGAUUUUCUAUGAAGUUUUUGGCAGGGUCAAGUAAGAGAGAAAAUGAGCAUUCAGAAGUGCUUGCUGAACUAAUUUUAGCUUUUUUAGAUUUUGCUUGGACUUUAGGCGGUGGAAAAAUGUUACGUUCUUUUGAAGAUGGAUCUGCUUCAGGUGAAAUAAUUUCAUCAAAGUUACGUUUUGGUUGAUUAAUUAUGUGACUGUCCUUAUUUGAUGCAUCUACUUUGUUCGGUAUCUCCGGGAUAUUAGAAAUAGACAUUUGUUCACACUGAGAAAGGUUUGUAUCAUUGGGUGCUUGCGAAGAUAUAUUUAUUGCCCUGGAUACCGAAGCUUCAUUGUUUUGUUUGGGGUUUAGUUGAGCUACUGGUUCGGAGCACUUUGAUGCAAUGUGACCUGGCUUCUUGCAUCUAAAGCAAACUAAACUGUCUUGAAAAAUGAAUAUUCUAUAUAUCGUGUUAUCAAAAACAAGAGUAAAUGGCUCUGGUAGUGUUAGACUGUGAGGACUGAUAUAGAUGUGUCUUCGAAAACUAAGGAUGUGACUGUGCUCAGGCAUAGAAGCACUAAUUUUGAGGAAUGUCAUGGGGGAGACAGGAACUAUGCCGAUUUUUUGUAACUUAUUGAUUAGCAAGUCGUGCGGUAUUGAAGGACAUACGCCGGAGAGCACAAGUCGUUCCGCUGGUGUCUAACCUUCUUGCUCUGACAAUUUCACCUUGUAUUUCUAAUUGACCAUGAUUAUUCAUAAAAUCAUCUACUAUUUGUUUAUUGGAUAAAUACAUACAUACGCGAUUAUUAGAUAAUCUAGAAGAGAAAAUUAUAUUUUUCGGUUGAAUUAUAUUUCCAAGUGGGAGAAGGUAGUCUUGAAGUUUGGUGUUUUCUAAGGCACUAAAGAUAAUUGCUUGGGACUUUAAAGGAAAUUGCACUCUAGACGCUGCCAGAGUAUGACUGUGAUGCGUUUAUUUGGCGUUGAUGGUCUUGUAUUGUAGAACUGUUGUGUGAUUCCAUGUUUGAAUUCAUUUCGAUAAACGUUAAGUGAAAAGUAAGUCCGACCCUGUACGCCUGCUAAAGCAGGUAUAUCGGUCUUUACCAAAAGCGGUUAUUUUGCUGGUAAAACUGGAUUUGUUUAUUGCCAACAAUAACAAAUAAUUGCAGUUUGCUGACUUUAAUGCUAAUUUAACUGGAUAUUAUGUAAAGAGUUUGUACACUUAGAGUUUAUUUCAAUAUAUCACUGAGAUUCACAAUUUAUAACUUAUAUUCAACUUUUUUAAUAUUAAAAUUAUUCGGAGCCCACAUUGAAUACAACAUUAUAGUUAUCGAUGCAGGACCGGUCUCCGCGAUUGCAUAUUGUAGACUCCCUUUCGUUUUCUUUUCUCGUCGUCUCCUUGUUUUAUAAAUUGUAAAAAUCAGAGAUUAAGGAUCUUACCAGAAAGUGGUUCCAUGAAAAGUUUCAGAUUUAUUGUUUAGAUCUGAGACUUCCCAUGUCUCUCCAAUAAUGUCACUAGAAAAAUCAUCAGAUUCAUCUCUUUUUUGGUUGAUCAUGUCGGCCUUUGACGGUAAUCAACAAAUAUUAUAUUACACUAAUACGUCGCUAAAGAGUUUUUUUUAUAUAAUAUCAGACUAUAAAUCUAAAAAUUAAAGGAAUAACGCAGAAAACACAAAAAAAUCACCGAUAUAACUUAAUUAACCUAUGAAUUUUAAAUGACAAUACUGUCGAAAUUUCAUAAUUUAGUUUAGUAAACUUGCCUGCAAUAGGACCAAUUACAAACAAGCAUUACGGCGCGGUAAAUUUGAAUUACUCCUCCUAGUUUAAAAACGAGGUAUAGUGUAUUAAUUUUAGUAUAUUUUUUAUAAAAGAUGUUAGUAAGAAUUUUGCUAUAAAGAAUAUAAUUUAAUUUACAACAGUACAGAUGUGACCAAGGGUUGUGAUCUUUAAUUGUAUCACAAGGUAUUUUUAAGCAUUGCAAAAAAAAUUCUUUCUUCAAAACUAGUUUAUUAUUAAAAAAUGGAUAACCAUUUUCAAUUUCGUUGCAAAACUACAAUACAGCCGAACCAUAUUCUAGUCCAAUCAGAGAGUGCAGCAAGCACCUCUACCGGUUUCGAAACUUAUUAGUCUCUCAUCAGGAGGCACACAUGCUGCUCUCCCUGAUCCAACCAAAGCAAACCCCAGCGUGCAGUCCCGGAUUGCAACGAACGAAAUGGCAUAGAUGCCCUAGCGCCAACUGCUACAACAAAACUAAGUUUUCACUCUAAUUGCAUAUAAAACAACAUAAUGCUAUUCUACACCCCACCAGAAUGAAAACAAUGGGAACCUUCUGUGGUUACACCUCCGAGGCUUCUACAAUAUGCAAACUAUACGGAUGCUGAGACUAAGGAAGAUGAGGGAAUUCUACAAUUUACAAUUCACGUCCCAUCUGCUCAGCGCGGUAAAGUUCCAACGAGAAUGGUUUCCUUCGUACUCCAAUCAGAGUAAAUGUAAAUAAAAAAUGGAUAACCAUUUUCAAUUCUUGUUGGAACUUUACCGCGCUGAGCAGAUGGGACGUGAAUUGUAAAUUGUAGAAUUCCCUCAUCUUCCUUAGUCUCAGCAUCCGUAUGGCUUGCAUAUUGUAGAAGCCUCGGAGGUGUAACCAGAGAAGGUUCCCAUUGUUUUCAUUCUGGUGGGGUGUAGAAUAGCAUUAUGUUGUUUUAUAUGCCAUUAGAGUGAAAACUUAGUCUUAGUUUAUUAUUACUUGAUCUUCUGUUUUUCUGUUAUUUUACUCAGUUGCCUAGUAAAUCACUCGAGGCACAGUUUUUUAUUUGGAUAGAUACAAAUUUUUUGUGGAUAACUCUCUCGUCCUCUUCAUAUUCAGGUUUAAAAAAAAUUUAUUUCUGAAUAUUACUCUGCCAGUUAAGUACCGUGUCUGAGUAUCGUCUCUGCCAGUCGCCAUUAUCACCUGGUCAUCAGCAAACUAAUGUUUAUAUUAUACAUUCAUCGUCAAGUUCUAUACUCAACCUACGUACGUUUUUCUAUCUUCCCAGGGCUGCUGCAAGAUAUAUCUUGAAUAAAGAUGGUGAGAUAAAUAUUAUAUAAAAAGGAUUUCCACACUUUUAGUUCUUUCUGAUUUGCCAGUCCCCUUCCUGCAGAUUUCUUCUUUCCAUCGCUUCGUCCACUUCAUCUUUAAAAAACUUCAGGGUCUGCCUCUCUAUUUCUUCUUCCUAUCGGACUCCACUCUGUUAUUCUGUUUAUCAAAUGUUUUUAGUCUGCUCUUCUGACAUGUCCGUAACAGGUUAAUCUUUUCCGUUCUAUAUAGUCUAUCAUAAUAUGAGUUCAGUCUCACGCUUUUCUUAAUUUCUAUGUUCCUUAUUCUAUUUCCUUUUGUUACUCUGCAGCUUCUCCUUAGGAAAUCCAUCUCUGUUGAUUUUAUUUUGUUUUUUUUUUUUCUUAUUUAUUAUCCAAUUUUCACACCCAUUAGUAAGGAUACUUCUUGUCAGGGUAUUAAGUAUUUUUUCUUUUCGUUUUUAUACCGAUGUUUUUAUCCCUUAUUAACGGGUUUAUUUUUCGUAUGCAGUCUCUUGUUUGUCCUAGUCUAGUUUUUAUAUCUUUUUCAGUUGUUCCUUUGUUUGAUAUUAUGAAACCUAAAUACUUGUACUUGUCUGGUCCUUUGAUUUGUGUGCCUUCGUCUAUUUCCAGUUGUUUUAUUUCUGUAUUCUCCGUUGUUAGGUAAUCAGUUUUCUUUAGGUGUUUUUCCAUUCCAUUCUUUGUGAUAUAUUUCAGCAAUAUUUAACAUUGUUCGUCCGCUAUAACUUUUCCCAUGCAUCACGAUUCAUUUUCAAACAAAUUAAGUCAAAACUUGAAAGUGAAACGAACGUCGAUGUGUAUAUACAUUUUGUAUACUGUAUACUAUAUUAUACUAUACUCCAUCUAAUUUACUUACCAUUGCACGUCAUCCACAUUAUAGCCCGUGACGUCACAUGAUACCAACACGAAAUAUUUAGGCGGUAGGUGUGUUCUUUUUUAGAAUCCUUUUGCCAAGUACACUGGAAUUACAGCCACUAGACAUAUUUUAUUAUAUACGCGUAGAAAUAAUAUUUGAAGAUUUCUAUUAAUGUUAACUUAAAGACAUACACAAUAAUAUGUUUCGUUUAAUUUGUAUAAAUUGAUUAUAAAGCGUUUUUGUGAAGCACAUUUGUUCGGAACACACUUUAACUGUAAUCGAACGAAGGUGACAUUUUGGCAUACAUUGGUAAAAUUUAUUUGACAGUUGCGGUAUUGACACUUUAGAUUUGUUUUUAUUCUUUACUCGUAGUAUUUGUUUUAUUAUAUUUAUUGUUUUUAUUAUUUACUUUAAGGUAAGAUUAUAAUUUAAUUCUAGUUUUCUAUUUCUAAUGUUUUUAUUUAUUUACAUUGAAUAUUAAUUUGUUUUGUUGUGUAAUCCAAGUUUGCAAUAAUUAUGUGAUCUAUUUGAUUGAAAAUGAAUUCAGAAUUUUUUAUAAUUUGGCAACAAUGUCAACUUAGAUCUCUGACAUAGACAAUGACGUGCAACGGUAAGUAAAUUAGAUAAACUGUACACACAUCGGCGUACGUUUUACUUUAUGUUUUGACUUACUUUGUUUGAAAAUGAAUCGUGACGCAUGGGAAAAGUUAUAGCGGACGAAUAAUAAAAUGUAAUAUAUAGUAUCCAGUAUACAAAAUGUAUAUACACAUCGACGUUUGUUUCACUUUAUGUUUUGACUUAAUUUGUUUGAAAAUAAAUCGCAACCCAUGGGAAAAGUUAUAGAGGACGAACAAUAGCAGCACAUUUACCAAAAAUAAACUGUGCUGUCAUAAUUUGGUAAAUUAAUAUUGUCAUAAUUUAGUAAAAACUUUUUUUUCCUUUUUAUAGUGUUUUAAGUAUAUUAUAUGAUUUAUUUACAUCACUAGGUUUUCAGUACUACUUGUAUAAUAAUGAAGCACACCGUACAUCUUAUGGAAAAUGUAACGUAACUCAAAUAUUCUUCUCGAAAUUACAAAAAUUUCAUAUCAUUGCGUAAACUCUGAAUUUGAUUUAUGAUGGCUUAAAUUGAUAUAAGUAAAUAAAUCUAAAAUCACAUUGGUAUGUAAAUGAGUUAGAAAACAGAUUUCAUAAUUCGGCAGUUCAUAAAUCUUUCUCCAGGUAUAAGGCAGAGGCUUACUCUUAUCUAAAUAUUAGUAGGUAUAAUUUGGUCAGUCGUACCAAAGUAUAUAGUUCCUCUAAUCGGCUUAACUCACGCUGGGUUAAGCUGUUUUCAAUAGCCAUUUAGUAUUUAUAAAUGACAUACAGGGUGUUAGUAAAUAAGUAUGAAAAACUUUAAGGAGUAAUUUUACAUGAAAAAAUAAUGAGAUUUUGCUCGAUAAAUGUAUGUCCGCAAAUGCUUCGUUUAUACGGGGUGUUGAAAUUUUUAUUUCAAAAUGCCAAUUUAUUUAUUGCUCUAAGACCGGUUGAGAUAUGAAAAUGAAAUUUGGUGCGUUUUAAAAGGUAGUUAUUGUACAUUGUUUGAAAUCCAAUUAAGAAUUUUUUAUUUAUCAUUUGCGCGCCUAGGGAAGUGGUCUGAAUUUUUUUAAAGAAAAAAAUAAUACGCCACUGAUAUAUUUCGAAUUAAAAAUUAUUUUUAUAUUUUACUCCUAAUUUGUGAUAAAAAACCUUUCUUGUCUUUUUUUCAUAUGGUGCACGGUUUUUUUGCAGAAAAAUAAAACAUCUUGACGGGUAUUUUUUAAUACAUUAUCAAGAACUAUCCAAUAUAAUAAUACUAAACUAAAACAAUAACAGAAAAUAUUACUAAUAAGAUUUUAACUAGGUGCAGAGCUACAACAAAUGUUAAAAAUAACCUCCUUUAGAGGUGACAGAAUAAUUUUAUAUUCAUCAUUGGCGCGCGUACGGGUAAUGGUUUGAAUUUUUUUUAAGAAAAAAUAGUACGCCACUGAGAUAUAUCAAAUUAAAAUUCACUUUUCAAUUGCUUGUUUAAUUUACGACAAAAAUUCUUUCUUGCUUUUUUUCAUAUGCAGCGCCGUUUGGAUGCAAAAAAAUAAAACAUCUUAACGUUUACAAAGUAUUUGAACUAAGUUUCUAUACAUAUGGAAACUACCUCGAAUACUUUGUAAGCGUUAAGAUGUUUUAUUUUUUUGUAUAAAAACGGCGCCUCGUAUGAAAAAAAGGCGAGAAAGAUUUUUUGUCGGAAAUUGAACGAGGAAUUCAAAAAUAAUUUUUAGUUUGACAUAUCUUAGUGGGGUACUAUUUUUUUCUUAAAAUAAUUCAGACCAUUCUUCGUACGCGCGUUGAUGAUGAAUAUAAAAUUCUUCUGUUACCUGUAAAGGAGAUGAUUUUGAACAUUUCUUGUAGCUUUGCACCUAGUUAAAAUUUUAUUAGUGAUAUUUUCUGUUAUUGUUCUAGUUUAGUAUUAUUAUCUUGGAUAGUUCUUGAUAAUGUAUUAAAAAAUGAAAAAUACGCGUCAAGAUCUUUUAUUUUUUUACAUAAAAACGGUGCACUAUAUGAAAAAGAGAAGAGAAAGGUUUUUAUCAGAAAUUAUACGUAAAAUACAAAAAUAAUUUUUAUUUCGAAAUAUUUCAGUGGCGUACUAUUUUUUUCUUUAAAAUAACUCAGACUAUUACCCGUAGGCGCGCCAAUGAUGAAUAGAAAAUUCUUAAUUGUAUGUCAAAAAGUGCAAAAUAAAUACCUCUUAAAACGCACCAAAUUUCAUUUUCAUAGCUCAACCGGUCUAAGAGUAAUAAAUAAGUUGAUAAUUUUAAAUAAAAAUGUCAACACCCCGUAUCUCGUAAACGAAGUAUUUGCGGACAUAUGUUUAUAGAACAGACUGUUAUUAUUUUCAUGUAGAAUUACUUCUUAAAGUUUUUCAUACUGAUUUACUAACAACCUGUAGACUUCAAAAAUGUGAUUUCCAUAAAUAAUUACAACUUAGUUCGUUACUAAUCAAAAUUCAGAGUUGGCGUAAUAAUAUAAAAUGAUUGUGAUUUCGAGACGAAUCUAGUCAUGUAAAUUUUAUUGCAUUUGAAUAACUUUGAGUUUUUCAUAAGAUAUGUACAGUUACCUUUAUUGUACUAAAUUUUAAGUAAUAUUACUAGAGUAAUAGAAUCUUUUAUUUUGAUUUAUUAAUGUUUUCAGAUUUAAAACGUUUGCCUCCGACUUAAAUAUUCAACUAUUUGUAAUUAGAUAUGUAUAAAUUGAAUUCAAUUAAUAAAGUUUGAAGUGAAAA